UUGCCGCAUUAUCCCCUAAUAGAUACUGACUAGAUUUUCGGUGGAGAAUAAGCGGGAAGCUUUCAAGUGGGUCGGCCAUAUGUCAUCCGCAGAUCGAUUAUUCUGUUGUUGUGAAUGCGGCCUCAGUAGCCAUGGGUAUUGCUGCCGUAACGAUAUUCGUCAAAUUUACCCUUCUGGAUUUACCACAAGAUUAACUGAGGCUCACUAUUUUUCGUCAAAAAUUAGGAUUAACUGAGGUUCGCUACUUUUUAAGAAGCAUUGCUGUUUUGUUUUAAUACGACUUUCGCUCAGGACUGUACCAUAUCGGCUGUAGCGUACAGUGCGGUUGAUUUGCCGAGAGCCGCUUUUUACCUCUGCUCAAACACCAUAUGUUAAGUUGCCCGAGCCUUUCAAGACUGCCAGGUAGGAAAAUUGUGGUUAAACGCACAGAAGCGCAUUAAAGUAGCAGAAGCUAUCGAGUAUCUGCGGUGCCAUAAAUAGAACUCGGCUAUGCUACCGCUUGCUUCAAUAUUACUUCAGCUAUUUCUGUUUUGGUAGAUUCAUCACUGCUGACGUGUUUCACGUUCCUUCGAGAUAAACGAUCCAAGACACCACCGUUCAAAUUCCACGACAAAUUACGCCGGGAAGGACGAUUAAAUAACGUAUUCAUUGAGCCAUUACACAAGGGGUUUUAACCCCGGCUUUCAACAAGCAGCAAUUCUGAAGAAACGCUUAUAGCGGAUGUGGCGUCACAGGAAGUUCCUCCUGGUCGUCUGCUGACUCUCCCUGCGUUGGGAGGUGGGGAGGUAUCUUGGCUGCUUCUUGUGCCAAAAAAUGGAAAUCGAAUCACCGUUCUUGGAAACUAAAAUGAACAAACCGGAUGAUAAGACAUUACACGAUGCUGAUUUCGAGCCGUCCCUAGCUACAACCCGACCGCUAAGGUUCGCUCAGCGGAAACGAGAUUUUUCCAUAGCUCCAGAUUUCAAAGAAAGACUGCGAACCUACCAAGAAGUAGAUGCUGGAGAAACAGUGUCUCUAGAAUGUUUACUAUCCGGAUUCCCUGUCCCAGAGGUCACGUGGUACAAGGAGGACCAAGUAUUGACCAAUGAAUUUCCGUAUAAAAUAGAACACGAUGGCGGACGACACAAAUUGACAAUUUCGACUGUAUGGAAGCAAGACGAAGGGGCAUAUAAGUGUAAAGCUGAAAACAAGGAAGGAAGCAGCUCUACUUUAGGUUAUAUAUCUGUUAAAGGAGAGGCACGAUCCCGCUCCAGAUCCCCUAGUCCUCGUCGCCAUCGCAACAACCCACGUGCUGUGUCCCUCUCCCCCAUGGUGUCCACUAUAACAGAGAACAUCAGCGACGAGGAGAGGGAAGAACAAGAGUACAGCAGGCUGCCGCCUUCUCCUGUGCUCAGCUCCUUAGAACAAUUACGGAAAGAAUAUAAAAAGGCGCGGAAACACGCUUCUCUCCUUAGCAAAUCCAAUAAAAAGUCACAGCACAAAGGACAUUUAGAGAAUGACAAGUUAAUACAAAAUGAUUCCUCGUUGCUGGAUAAACAUGGAAGACAGGUUGUACAGGAUGCUGUGGCAAAGUCCGAGAAACAACGAGAUGAUGCGAGAUAUCAGGCCAUAAGGGACUCUAUAGUGAAAAAGACUAAGAAGGGUGUACCGAAUGGUGACUCUGGAACAAAUGAUAUAUCAUUCAUAGAGGAUAAAAAACUAAAAGUGUUGCCAGAUAUUGAACCCGACUCAAAACCAACCGCUGACACUAGACAAUCUAGGAAAAGAAGAAAACCGAGGCCAUUCGAAGUGGACACGAGCAGAUCGCGAAGUAGGGAGAAUAGCUUGAAUGAUGAUGUUCAAACCAUGCAUGAGAACGGCCUUGCUGGACACUAUAGUUCGUUCGAAACUAACCUGGAUGCGACCGCUAACUCUAAGCAGAGCGAUGGCUCAGUUACGAAACUGUUCUCUACUGUAGAAAGUGACUCCUCCAGGGGCAACAGCAUCAUAGAGCAUGCGGACGGAGAGCAUGAAAUGUUGCCGUUCUCUGUUGAAACGAUUUAUUAUUUUGCUGCUCUUAUUCCUGUACUUUCACUGUUAACGCUGUCGUUUGGUUGGAACACGUUUAGUUUUGUUGUUUGCGUCCUGUUUAUGACUAUUGUACAUGCGUUGUUUGGCAAGUUAAUGGAAUAAAAAGGGGAAACGACAGAGUUGAAAUCCCGUUUGAGAGAUUAAGUUUCAUUCAUGGA